AUGGAGGACGCAGAUGUGCCAUUAUUAAGCAAUGUAGGAUCCGGUGUUCUAAAACACAACAAAAACCAUGGUGGAGGUGAUGAAUGUUUCUUACUGGAAGCUUGGAGAGAGACGAAAGAUCUCUGGCACAUUGUUGGCCCUGCAAUUUUUAGCCUACUUUCUUCCUUCACCAUGUUUGUCAUCACCAUCGGUUCUGCCGGCCACUUAGGUGAUACUGAGUUUGCUGCCAUGUCACUUGCUUGUAAUGUCAUUUUGGGGAUCGACUACAGCUUAUUGCUAGGAAUGUCGAGUGCGCUAGAAACUUUAUGUGGGCAAGCAUUUGGGGCAAGAAAUUACAGGAUGAUGGGAAUAUAUCUGCAGCGUUCAUGGGUUAUUCUGUUUGUUUGCUGUGUCGCAAUGUUGCCCUUGUUUAUCUUCACAACACCAUUGCUGAAGCUAUUGGGAAUGUCUGCAGAGGUGGCUGACCUCGCCGGGCUGGUGGCGGUCUCUUUUAUUCCACUUCAUUUUAGCAUGGCAUUUCAGUUUCCCCUUCAAAGGUUCCUGCAAAGCCAGCUGAAGAAUGAUGUUAUAGCCUGGGCGAAUUCAGUAGCUCUUGUGGUGCAUCUGAUCUUGAACUGGUUAGUUCUUUUCAAGCUGAAGGUGGGAUUAGUUGCCAUUACACUUGCUCUAGGAGUUUCUUGGUGGGUUCUUGUGCUUGUAUUACUUGGUUACAGUGUGAGUGGUGCAUGCCCUGAUUCAUGGCCCGGAUUCUCAUUCGAAGCAUUUUCUGGUCUCUGGCCAUUUCUGAAGCUCUCGAUUUCUUCUGGUGUAAUGAUAUGCCUGGAGAACUGGUACUACCAAAUCCUAUUGCUGAUUGCUGGACGUGUUGGCAAUCCUGUUUCUUUUGAUGCUUUGACAGUUUGCAUGACCACCAAUGGUUGGGAGUUUAUGAUUCAUUGUGGCUUCUUCAUUGGAACCGGAGUCAGGGUUGCAAAUGAACUGGGAGCAGGGAAUGGAAGAAAAGCCAAGUUUGCAACCAUGGUAUCAGUGACAGAGUCAGUUGUAGUUGGUAUAAUCUUCUGGUUUGUGAUCAUGUUUUUCCACAAUCAAAUUGCAUUGGCUUUCACCAGCAGCAAACCGGUGUUGGAAGAAGUAAGCAAGCUUUCCAUAUUUUUGGCCUUCACUGUCCUUCUCAACUCUGUUCAACCUAUUCUUUCAGGUGUUGCAGUUGGAUCAGGAUGGCAAUCGUAUGUGGCAUACAUUAACUUGGGCUGUUAUUAUAUAAUUGGACUCCCACUUGGAGUUUUGAUGGGGUGGGUCUUCAGGCAAGGUGUACUGGUGAGUUUCUUCUGAUUUUCUACACCUUUGGGGAUUUUGUUCAUAAACUCAUGCAUUAAUUGUCUAAACGUACGUUACUACCAUGCGAAGGGGAUCUGGGUUGGAAUGAUGACUGGUGGAGCUGCAGUUCAGACAAUGAUAUUGGCCUUCAUCGUCAUCAAAUGUGAUUGGGACAAAGAGGUAUUGUUAUUUGAUCUUCGACAUCUUCCAUUCAAUGUGGUUUCAAAUUUUCAAUUUUCGCACCAAAUGUGAAAAACACAAGUGUCUCAAGUAUCUUUAUAGUUUAAAAGUACAACAAUUGUUGAACUUAUACAGGCAAUGAAGGCAGCCAUGCAUGUGGAGAAGUGGGCGCAUAUUGGUCUUGAGGGAUCACAGACUGAAGUUUUCAUGAGCAAACAUUAAUCAACGAAAGCAGUCUGCAGCGUAAAGUUCUCUCUCCCGAUCAAAAUGAUUGCCCAAGUAAAAAUCUAAACAUUACUUGCAAUCAUUUUGGAAUAGAGACAUUAAUUUACGAGAAUAUGAGUAUCUUUCAGGGUAUUUACAAGUGGUUCGGAGUAAAAUAUGACGUGUAAGUAACUAUUUUUAAGGCAUGGAGAGAUGGACAGUUACUAGAAGUAGCUUAGUUAGCUGGAACCGUGACAUGUUGCAAUUCAGCUUUGCAUCCCAGUAUCCCUUUAGAGGUUUCCAGCUCCACCAAUGUGAUUGCUUGGGUCAAUCUGGUGGUUCUUGUUGUUCAUUUGUCUUUGAGUUGGCUGGUAUCAAUUAAGAUAACAAAAAAGUUGAUUUUCUAUUGUUUGUUGAUAACUUUGUUGAUUUGAGCAAUUCACUUUCUAAACGAUCUUAGUUUUUCGCACACUUGGUUUUUUUUUUUUUUACAAGCAUCAUUCGUUAAAAAAUUAUAACUCAAAUUUUGAAUGGAGGAAUGAAAUUUUCUGAAUCUUUCAGAACUAACAAAAAUUCAAACAACGCAAUAUUGUCGUAUUAGACCUGUGGCAAGGGAUUAUUGAACAACCCAUCAUUUUUCCUUUUUUAUCAUCAAUAGCAAAUCUUCAUCCAAAUUUACAAUUUUAAAUGAGGAUGAUUUCAUUGGAAAGAGAUCUCCGUAUUCAAGAUUUAAUGUGGAUGGGGUGUUUUUUAUUUUGACGCGA